AUGAGGAGCCACAGCAGACCCCACAGGCUGCUGCUCGUGUUCUGCUGGGUGCUGCUCGUCUUGGGCAUCACGGUGGACACUAGCGAUGCGCACGGAUUUGCUCUUGGCAGCGGUAGCAGCGAAUCCCACGACAUCUCAAUCCUUGCCAGCGAUGGUGCGGCCGAUAUUAGCUUUAACAAUGAAUUGGCACGAAACUUUCACUCCCCACGGUUGGAAUACAACGAAUGGUUGCCGGUGGGCCGAGGUGACCCGCUGAAGAACGACCCAACGUACGACUACAGUCCACCGGUGCUGGACCGAGUGCGCUACUGGUCCGACGGUGCGGCCAACAAGGACAAGCCCCAGGGCAACGACAUCCUGCUGCUUGGGGUACCCUCGAAGAACAAGGCCAACGUCAACCUACACAAGGAGGCAGGGCCACAGUGGAACAACGGAUUGCCGCCACAACGCCGCCACUACUACUCUCCGGGAUCGGGAGCGCUGCACCAUGGCGCGGGGUCUGGGACGCUCAAUACCCGCGAGCUGCCAACGAUCCUGAUGCCGCCGCCACUGAACGUCCCGUACCUGGUGGGAGUGUCCCAGGAUGGCGCCGGCUUCUGGGGCGCCCCGGCCUUGGCCUCGCAGCGAGUGGACAGUCAACUGAACGAUGACUUCAAGUUCCGGCAGGGAGCACCUUUUCCACCGCACGCAGGUCAAAAGCUGUCGGAAACAGCGCCCCAAAGAGGCAUAACAGCACAGUUCUUGCACCAUCAUCGCGAUGGACAACAACCGGUGGCUACCGGGUUUAGCAGCAACCGCCAACAGCAGCCGCAACCGUACCUUACGACAAUUCGGCUAACAACCCCGGCCGGUGACACGGCCUCGAUCAUCAAGCGCCCCCUGCUGAAGACCAUCCUCCAGAACGAACACUCAUAUCCGUUCACAAAAACCUCCAUGACCAGUACGGUCACCGAGUACACGUCGAGCUUUUAUGAUCCGCAGAACAUUAACGCCAUGGCCCAAACGGUGUUCCAUCCGCCGCAGACGACGGAAUACGUUCAGCCAUCCAAGGCCCCGAUGAGCAACGAAAUUCGCACACCCUUUGUCACUCCGGUCGGCCCGUUCGUCACUACCGUUUCGCCGCCCCUAACGGUGCGACCGGCCACGACAACCACCACAACCGCUUCACCGAUUGUAACCUCAACCGAGAGGAUCUUCUCGCACUACAAACAACCGGCCACAUCGGCACCGAUGGAGCGGGGACCGCUUUACCUGAUCAUCGAGGGUCACUCGAAGGUGAAAACUUACGGGCUCAACACCAACGACACACUGAUGCAGCUUCCGCGCAUGGUGCCAGUGGCCAGCACCCGGGAUCCGAUCGUACGGCACGUCGUGAAUCACGACCCGGACACGGGAGCAGCGAUGGCUGUCGUCACCACUCGAAUGCCACCGGUGUACCGGAGCACGGCCACUCCGCUCGAUGCCCGGCCGCCGGUUCCGUCCGAUGAGCAAGGUGUCGCCGUCGAUACGCUGCUCACCCUGCUCGACAGUGCCUCGUUCGGUGAGAUGCUGGAGGGGUCGACGGGCAACAACGCCCUGGACGGGUCGGGGACGGGAAACGCUCGGGACAGCAAAACGCGACGCCAUGUGCGCAAUUAA